CACCUACUAAAGCUGUGGAACCUGGGAAGAAAAACCAGUGAUCCUCGCAAGAGACUUUGCAACUUGACAUCUGGAGCAGCCCAGGAUAAUGAGUGCCAAUACAGGGCUUGGCCUUACGCGUCGUGAUAAACAAUGUUCCUACUGCGCCCGUGCAUUCGCCCGAUCGGAGCACCUUGCCAGACAUGAGCGCUCACAUCGUAAUGAGCGCCCGUUUAAGUGUACUCUUUGUCAUGCAACCUUUACUCGACAGGAUGUUUUCAGAAGGCACCACGGAAGGUACCACAUGGGACCCUUCCCGCAACAUCAUACGCAAGGGAACUACAUUGAAAAUCAGCCGAUGUCGAUGCAUCCCAGAUCCACGCAGAUAUCUAGUCCCUUAACCUCAUCCGUCAUGGCACCAAAUGAUACUGAGUCCUUAAUCGCUAUGCCACAUCCUGCCGUCGACCCCGUAACCUUCGUGUAUAUCCCGACUAUAAGCUCUUCGACCUCAGCGCUCAACUUUCCAAACGAUCUCAAAUCUUCCAUGCCGAGCAAUUCGGAAGAAAGUUCACAGGAAGGUUCACAGGAAGGUUCACAUGCCAAUCUGGCAUUGAGGUGCUUUACACCUCCCUUAGAGAACCAUACCACCACUGAAUCCUCAUCGCAGGUGGUGGAGUCCCCGGCGUGGAAAGGUUCGUUCACCAUAUCAGAACAACAAUGGCAUCAGCUAGCUUCAGAGCAACAAUGGCAUCAUCUUGCUUCCACACUCAAUAUCGUUAGACCAGUCGAAAGCUUGAGUGAUCUCAAACUUCCGAGUCGCUUGACGUUGGAGAGAUUACUCAGAACAUUCGCCGAGUGCUUCCUCAUUUACAUCCCAUGUAUUCAUAUGCCGACCUGGAAAGCCGAGCUGGCUCCUCCUUGCAUGAUCUUCGCGAUGGCAUCCAUAGGCGCCAGCUACUACGACGACGAUGCAACUGCAGCUUCGCUUCAUUGCAUUGCUCAGAUGUGCCUAAAAAAUCAUAUUGAAUUGAGCCCACUCACCAUCGCAGACGAGCCGCUAUGGGUACUGCAGUGUCUUCUGUUGAUCAUGGCAAACGGCACGAAAAGCAGUGACUUUCGGACAUUUCAAGAAUCUGCAUCGUUGGCAUCUCUCUUGAUUGAGGGCAUCCAGUAUAGAAAGAUCUCCCCAUACGUGCCGGAGCCAGACGGUGAAAAUGAUGAUAUUAUAGAGCAAUGGCAGAAGUGGAUUGAUUACGAGAUGACUGUACGAACAAUUUGCGCAGUAUAUAUCUAUCUGGGCGCCCUAGGAGCCACAUUUCACACUGCAAGUUAUUCCUGGAGCCUGGAUAUCGGUGAUUGCUUUCUGCCUUGUGACGAAUCUGAAUGGACAAGUAUAUCUCCACAAGCGUGGUUGGUAAAGCGAAAGUCAAAUUCCGAGCCCCCUAUUCGAUUCUCAACUGCCCUGGCCAAUAUCAUGUCUGCCCAAGUUGCAGUACCGCUUCGACUGAGCGUUUUUGGAUCUUACCUGACAUUGCAUGGCAUUGUUAAACAUCUGGCAAAUCUCUACCAGGAUAACUGGCUUAUAGAUCUAUUGCCAACACACGUACAGCGGAUCGAAGAAUCGUUGGCUAGAUGGCGCAUGUGCUCCGAGCAGAACCCUGAGUUUCAUUGUUCUUCGAGGUACCCUAGCGGAGUGAUUGCGGCAAAUGCCCUUUCGUUGUAUCGUCAGGCUCAUGUCCGACUGUGUGGAAACUUCAGGCCUCUCAGAGCGGCCUUCACCACCCGAAAUGUGCAAAUUAUUACUUCAAAGGUGAAUGAUAUCAAAGUCAACAUAUCAAGCUCUAGAACAUGUGUGAAAGCCGCUUGGUGUGCGAUUAAAGCACUCCAGACUUCAGUAGUAAUGGGAAUGGCUCAGGCUGGAUCCAUAUCUGGAUGGCACUCUAAAUUAUUAUUCAACACGUAUUCAUUGGAAUGCUGUCUUUUUUUAAGUUUUUGGACGAGGGAGCAGUUGCGUCGCAAUAGAUCUGAUCGAUCCUCUGAGGAAAAUGACAUUUUAAACGCAAUACAAGAAACGCUAGCGGAAAUAGACCUAGAUCCAGACAAUGCAUCAAAGCCAUAUUCGAUACAAUUGGUCUAUGCCUGGUCCUUGAUCUUCAAGAACAGUGCUACGAUUGGAUUGUACAGCAUCAUUUCUGAGGUUUUGAAAGCUUACGCAGACAACCUAACCCAAUAGCUUGGGAGGUCAAUUUUCUUUUCAGGUUCUAGGUUUGUAUAGACUUAUAGACAUAUAGACUGUGAACCUUUCUCUUGUCUAGGCUUUGAAAUAUGCAUUGCUACCUUCCAUUAA